CUAGAUUCUACUGUGUGAUGAUUGAUACGCUUAUACGGUUUGAUCUAACCAUUCAAGGAUCUGGUCUUCACAGGUUGUGUGGAGUCUCAACAUGGCAACGGGACAACUCUUCUCACGCUCCACUCAAGCCUUGUUCUACAACUACAAGCAACUCCCCGUCCAACGGAUGCUUGAUUUUGAUUUUCUUUGCGGGAGGGAAACACCUUCUGUUGCUGGAAUAAUUAAUCCUGGUUCUGAGGGAUUUCAGAAACUCUUUUUUGGUCAAGAGGAAAUUGCAAUCCCUGUACAUUCGGCUAUUGAGACAGCUUGUGCUGCACAUCCAACUGCUGAUGUCUUCAUUAACUUUGCAUCAUUUAGAAGUGCGGCUGCCUCAUCAAUGGCUGCUCUGAAACAGCCAACCAUUAGGGUUGUCGCAAUAAUAGCUGAAGGUGUUCCAGAAUCUGACACCAAGCAAUUGAUUGCUUAUGCCCGUGCAAACAAUAAGGUUGUCAUUGGCCCUGCUACUGUUGGAGGUAUUCAAGCAGGAGCUUUUAAGAUUGGUGACACUGCUGGAACAAUUGACAACAUCACCCAAUGCAAGCUUUACAGGCCUGGAUCUGUUGGUUUUGUCUCAAAAUCUGGUGGUAUGUCUAACGAAAUGUACAACACUAUUGCCCGUGUAACAGAUGGUAUUUAUGAAGGUAUUGCAAUUGGAGGCGAUGUGUUCCCUGGCUCUACUCUGUCAGAUCAUGUUUUGCGGUUUAGCAAUAUUCCCCAAGUAAAAAUGAUGGUUGUACUUGGCGAACUUGGUGGGCGAGAUGAAUAUUCUCUUGUUGAGGCCCUGAAACAGGGAAAAGUGACCAAACCAGUGGUUGCUUGGGUUAGUGGAACUUGUGCUCGACUCUUCAAGUCAGAAGUACAGUUUGGUCAUGCUGGGGCCAAAAGUGGUGGUGAAAUGGAAUCUGCACAAGCCAAGAAUCAAGCCCUACGGGAUGCUGGAGCUGUUGUUCCCACUUCAUAUGAAGCUUUUGAAGCUGCAAUCAAGGAAACAUUUGAGAAGUUGGUUGAAGAGGGGAAGAUUGCUCCUGUCAAGGAAGUGAAGCCUCCACAAAUCCCUGAGGAUCUUAACUCUGCAAUUAAAAGUGGCAAAGUUCGGGCACCCACUCAUAUUAUUUCUACCAUCUCUGAUGACAGGGGUGAGGAGCCAUGCUAUGCGGGUGUGCCAAUGUCUUCUAUUGUUGAACAGGGUUAUGGUGUGGGUGAUGUAAUCUCACUUUUGUGGUUUAAACGUAGCCUUCCUCGAUAUUGCACCAAAUUUAUUGAGAUAUGUAUCAUGUUAUGUGCGGACCAUGGCCCCUGUGUUUCUGGUGCUCACAACACUAUUGUAACUGCUAGGGCUGGCAAGGACCUUGUUUCCAGCCUUGUUUCAGGUUUGCUUACGAUUGGUCCUCGAUUUGGUGGUGCUAUUGAUGAUGCUGCACGAUACUUCAAGGAUGCAUAUGACAGGGGUCUUACACCAUAUGAAUUUGUUGAGGGCAUGAAAAAGAAGGGCAUCCGUGUGCCAGGAAUUGGACACAGGAUCAAACGGGGAGACAACAGAGAUAAGAGAGUAGAGUUGCUCCAAUUAUUUGCACGGACACAUUUCCCAUCAGUGAAGUAUAUGGAAUAUGCUGUUCAAGUUGAAACUUACACUCUCUCAAAGGCCAAUAACCUGGUCCUUAAUGUUGAUGGUGCAAUUGGGUCCCUUUUCUUGGAUCUCCUUGCUGGUAGUGGAAUGUUCAGCAAGCCAGAGAUUGAUGAGAUUGUUGAGAUUGGCUAUCUGAACGGGCUAUUCGUGCUGGCACGCUCCAUUGGUUUGAUUGGACACACCUUUGAUCAGAAGAGAUUGAAACAACCCCUAUAUCGCCAUCCAUGGGAAGACGUACUGUAUACCAAGUGAGAGAAAUCACCUAUUACAGGUGCAAGCACCUACUUGCUCUUGAGGAAACUUUUUUCCCCUUUUAACUUUGAUAUUGCUGAAUCUCCAAUUUGCUGAAAUUAUCAAUCAAUUCCCUAGGAAUAGUCUUGAUUGCUUCUCUAAUGGCAUGUUGAGUAUCUUCAUUUGUAAUCAUUUAUAAAAGGCAGUGAUGAAUCCAUAAGAUAUCCUUUAACUUCCUCAUCCAAUGAAAAAAGAACAAUUUACUAUGCAAGGGAAUCUCUUCAUCUCCUUGUAGGCUUCCAGUGUACUCAAAUAAGGUCCAAUGUGGACCUGAUCUGUCUUUUGGUUACCAAAAUAUCGCGAUUUUGUUGUUUUUUCUUGUAAUGAAAUGUUACUAGUAAUAGUGCUAUUUGUAUAA